CCCAACAAUUUGUCGUCGUCGUCGUUGUUAUCUUUCUUUGGGGAAACCAUGCGACGGAGACCCCGCACCACCUUCAUUGUCUCCAUACUCUCCAUUAUCACCUUCGCUUCCUUCUCACUUUACCUCUCUCGCAAUGCCAUUUCCACUUGGCAACCUUACUCCGACAUCCCAAAAACAAAAGCCAUCAACGCAUUCCUUCUUCACACCACCACCACCACAACCACUACCACCACCAACAACAACAAGAAUGUCGUCGAGAGUAACAGUAACAACAAUAACGAACUCACCCGCCAAACACGUCGUGUUUCCUCCGUCAAGGACUCCUUAUCCACCGUCUCCGUUCUCAUCCCCGAUUGGGAGAUUCUCGUCAUCGUCGUCAUAAACACGCCUUUCUCCCCCUCCAAUCAAUACUAUUGCCUCUUCCCCAACAAGGCAAGGUCUUUGGCCAGAUUCUCCGGCGUCUUACCGUUCACCAACCGCUCCACCUUCAAGUGCGACCUGCCGGAAUCCGUCCGGCGGCACCGCUUGUUCUCCCAGCCCACCCUUGUGACGGGUACAUCGGAGACGGAGUUGCCGAAACCCAUGCCUCAACUCAUCAAGUGGAACUUUCUCGUGUUCGAGUCUUUCUCCACGGAAAAUGAUAUUGUGGUGUUCGCCAAAGGGGUCAACCAUCGCAACGGAUACGACAGGUCUCCGGAGGAACUCCGCUGCGUGUUUGACUUUGGAAACGGAGUUCACAGCGCCGUCACGAGCUCCGUCCAGGAAGUGUUUCGUUGCCCCCACCCAGACUUUGAGCCGGUGUUAGAUUCUUACUAUGGGUUACCCAACAGAAUCGGAAUCUCCCUUGAGAUCGUUGCGGAAAACAUCGUUGUCCCUUCGGUAGCUUAUUACAGUCCUAGGUCUAACCCCAAGCGAAACGCCGUCGCCGCUGUACAAGGACACCCGGUGGAGGCACAACCCAAAUAUGAGCUAUGUGCAUGCACCAUGGUCUAUAACGUGGCGAAAUUUUUACGAGAAUGGGUUAUGUAUCAUUCGAAAGUUGGUGUGGAUAAUUUCCUCUUAUACGACAACGGAAGCGACGAUGAUUUGUAUAGUUUGAUCAGGGAGCUCCGACAAGAAGGGUACAACAUCAGCACUGUGUUUUGGAUCUGGCCGAAGACUCAAGAAGCCGGGUUUUCCCACAGUGUUGUGUACUCCAAAUCAAAGGGACUGUGUAAAUGGAUCAUGUACGUGGAUGUUGACGAGUUCGUGUUUUCUCCCUCUUGGGUACAUGAAAGCAACCCUUCGUUAAAAUCGUUGCUGCCACAGAACCAGACAUUAGAAGAAGGAAGAAAGAACAAGGUGGGACAAGUGUCGAUGAAGUGUUUGGAAUUUGGACCUUCUGGUCGAGGAAGACACCCGGAGGAAGGUGUGACGCAGGGGUACACGUGUCGUAUGAGGACGGAGCAGAGGCACAAAUCGAUGGUGUUGGUGGAUGCGGUGGACCCCAGUUUGCGGAACGUGAUACACCAUUUUGAGGUGAACGAAAAGGAAGGGUUCGUGUCGAAGCCGGUUAGCUUGGAACAGGGUUUGGUGAAUCACUACAAGUACCAAGCUUGGGAUGAGUUCAAGAACAAGUUCCGAAGGAGGGUUUCUGCUUAUGUCGUCGAUUGGAAACAAGAGUUGAACCCAACCUCGAAGGAUAGAACUCCUGGGUUGGGAUUCAAACCCAUUGAACCCAAUGAUUGGACACACAGAUUCUGCGAGGUUAGGGACCUGAGGUUGAAAUUCUUGACCCGAAAAUGGUUUCGGUUGCUCACGCCCAACGGCUACACAAUGGCAUGGCAAAACUUACGAUGAUUCCUGUUUCGACACAGACACACACACCAUAGCUUUUAUGGUACAGUGAUAAAUUUAUUUAUUCAGAAACAUCAUCACCUCCUUUUGUUUCUACACAUGUCACAUUCAUCACUCACUCCAUGUAGAAAAAAAAAAACUAGAAGGUUUGAGGUAUUUCGUGUGGCAUUGUCG